GCUAGCAGAACCUAGCGGCUUGAUAACAAAGAUCGCAUCAGCUGAUCAGGCGGAGCAGAUUAUUGAUCGUUAGUGGCUCAUUUAAUGUCAGAAAAGACGGUGUAAACUGUCCGCAUAAAGUUGCUGUUCGGUCCUUGUUUGAUUCGUCGUGAACAGUUGUCCUGUCAGACAGUAGGAGUCUGAGGAUGUCAGAGGAACAGACAGUGUCUCUGGUUGAUGUUCUGGAGGAAGAUGAAGAGUUGGAGGAAGAAGCUUCAGCUGUGUUGGCAGGAAGUGACUCUGAUCACUGCUCAUAUCCUCAGGGCUAUGUGAAGCGUCAGGCUCUGUAUGCCUGUAACACCUGCACACCAAAGGGAGGGGAGGCAGCAGGAGUCUGUUUGGCCUGUUCAUACAAAUGUCAUGAAGGUCAUGACCUGUUCGAACUUUACACCAAGAGGAACUUCCGCUGUGACUGUGGAAACAGGAAGUUCACAGAGCUGCAGUGUAAACUCUAUCCUGAGAAGGAGGACGUCAACACUCUGAACAAAUACAGUCAGAACUUCUUUGGAGUUUACUGUACCUGUGGCCGGCCUUACCCAGACCCAGAGGACCAGGUGGAAGAUGAGAUGAUUCAGUGUGUGGUGUGUGAGGACUGGCUGCACGGCAGGCACCUGGGCUGUUUGGUUCCAGACUGUGUGGAGCUGCAAGAGAUGAUCUGUGAAUCCUGUAUGAACAAAAACCCUUUCCUGUGGACCUAUGCUGCUCACCUGGCAGUUCCAGGUGCAGCAGCACAGGUUAAGGAGGAAACUGUUACAGAAGAAGCAAACACAAACCUUCCUAAAAAAGAAGAAAAGGGCGAUGAUGUCAUCCAGCCCAGCUGUAAGCGGAGCCGUGAGGAGGUGGGGCCAAGCUGCAGACUGAACGAGUUCCAUGCAGUUGGUCAGAAAAGAGUCCGAUCAGGGGCUGUGUUUUGGCCAUCAGCAUGGCGCUCCAAACUCUGCUCCUGCAACGCCUGCAAGGAGAGUCUUUCUGAAGCUGGUCUUUCCUUCCUGCUGGACGAGUCGGACACGGUCCUCGCCUACGAAAACAAAGGAAAGAACAACGAACAGAGACAACAAAGACAUGAUCCUCUGAUGUCGGCGCUCGACAACCUGAACCGAGUGCAGCAGCUCGAGAUCAUUCAUGGAUACAAUGACAUGAAAACUGAACUGAAGGACUUCCUACAGAGAUUUGCAGCAGAAGGAAAAGUUGUGACUCCUGAUGACAUCCGUCAGUUCUUUGAGCAGCAGCAGAGUCGCAAGAGACAACGAGUUGAUGCAGGACGCUUCUACUGCACCUGAUGACCUUUGACCUCCAAGUAAACUUGAAAUGACCUUUGUCCUUUCUUGACCUCUUGAGUUGUAUUGUCCUCCAUCCUUUAUCUUCUUCCUGUUUCCUGUCAUUUUCUGUCGAUACGCCAGUGCUGUGGAUUUUCUGGACAUUUUAAAGUUUGUAUCUUCAUCUUUUUUUUAACCUUUCAAACUUCCUGUUUUUAAUGGUGUCUCUUAGAGGUCAGAAGUCACCAAUAUUAAUGUCUCUUUGUUUUUCCUUUUUAAUGAAAACUAAUAAAACUGAAUCAGCUGAAUCAACAACAUGGAGUACAGUACAGAUCGAUUACUGAUUAUUAUUCAUGAUAUCACAGUGGAAGCUUUAAAUCUCUACAGGUUAAUUUAGCUGAAACCAAACGUUACCUGAAGAAAAUCUAAAUUUUAGAAUAUUUGAAAGUGAGAAGUAGGUAAUAAAAUGAGAUGCAGUGUACUAUUAGGUUUAAAACACAUUCCUCCAGUUUGGUUAUUACUAUCAAAAAUCUUGAGCCCCGUCAGAUAUAAAUGAAUCCAGGUUGUAGUCACCUAGAAGUAAACAAGCCUUCAUCACUGCGUAUAAUACCAUGAAGUUUGUAAAAAAAUGUCAGUUUUUAGGCGCUUUUGUCAGAAAUCUGUCCUGUAGAUCCUGUAGCGCCAUAUUGUAUAGUUACAUAUUGAAAAUAUAGUCAUGAAAUGUGAUUAAAUAAAAGGUUAUAAAACUUACACUUGUCAGUUAACUUAGUUUUAGUAGACAAAUCAAUAUUUGGUGUUACUACCCUUUGCCUUCAAACCAGCAUUAAUUAUUAUAGCUAUACUUGCACACAGUCAGGGAUGUUGUAGGAUUAUAGUCAGGUGUAUGAUUAACCAAUUAUACCCAACACGUGCUAAUGAUUAUCAAUUUCACAUGUAGGUUGAAACACAGUCAUUAACUGAAACUGAAACAGCUGUGUAGGAGGCCCAGGUGGUUUUGGAAGACAGUUUCAUGUCACAGGUCAUAUGCUAUGGUAAAACCGAGCACAGCAACAAGAUACAAGGUAGUUAUACUGCAUCAGCAAGGUCUCUCCCAGACAAAGAUGUCAAAGCAGAAUCGGGUUUCAAGAUGUGCUCUCUUGAAGAAGUACUAAGAAAUGGGCAACGUUGAGGAUGGUACACACAGUGGUCAGCCAAGGAAAGUUGCAGCCAAAAAGACAAAUUCUCCGACAUGGAAACAAGGCCAUGACUAUCACCCGUAAACUAAAGAACCAUUCCAGGCCAAUACACCAUGCUGCGCAUAGAAUAUGCGCUUGACUGUCUGGCCAGGAGCAAAUGGUUUUCUGUGCAGUAUCUGAGGUAUUACCAAGUGGAAAUGUCCAAGGCAUACGAGGAAAAGAACGGCCUCAUUUGCCCCCUUGAUUUUUUUUUUCCAAUUUGAGAAAUGGCCUCAAGGUAUCAGUGGUGGCCCUGCAAUCUUUCAAGGGUUCAUGGAGAAAGCAGUCGGGGAUAUGAACCUGAUACCUUGUGUACCUUGAUGAUCUUAUCGGAUUAUUGGAUCAGUUGGAGGAGUGUGUUCUCAAAAUCUCUGUAGAGAAGUGUCAGUCCUGCCAACCUUAAGUUCUUGGGGCACAUUGCCUCUGUGUCGCAACUGACCUUGAGAAGGUGAGAACAAUCAAUCACUGGAAGAAACCGAAUGACCUCAAGUCCUUAUAAUCUUUUCUCGGAUUCUGUGGAUACUAAUGUCCAUUUAUUGGGAACUAUCGUGCCAUCAACCGCUCUCUGACAGAACAAACCAAGGGAUAACCUCCUGCUCAGCGGAAGUAGUUUUCAGAACCAUUCUGCUCUCAUUGAACUUCAGCUUGAGAUGAAGCCUUCCAUCACGUAAUCUACAAACUCACACAUGCAGCCAUAUUGUCUUUUGCAGACCCAACCCAGCCAUACAUUCUGCAGUUAGAGGCAAGCCUAAAGGGACUGGGAGCUGUACUGAAUCAAGAGUAUCCUGAAGGGCUCCGCACAGUUGCCUUAGCCAACUGCAAGUGGAGCCAGUCAGAGCGAAACUAACCAAACCACCACCUAGAAUUUCUAGCUCUGAGAUGGGCGAUAGUUGACAAGUUCCAUGACUACUUUUCAUGAAGCCAAAUUCCCUGUGAGAGCAGAUAAUAACCCGCUCACUAAUGUCUUGACAACUGCCAGGCUUAAUGCCACAGGCCACAGUGGGGGUAAUGGGAGUAGAGUCAAAUCUAUUAAAUAACAGGUUCAGCUCAUUUUCCCAUUCCUGGCCUCCAGAUUCAGGGCCCCUGCUGCUGUCACUGCUGUGGCCUGAGAUGGUUUUCAGGCCCCUUCUGCAUCACCUUCAACCCGUUUUUUCUCAUUCAAUAGGAUUUUCAUUACAGGGGACAACCAGUCUUUGUUGUUUGGGAAACCCGGCACCUUCCUAAUAGGCACAGUUUUGUCCCUGCAGAAGUGGAUGUAGCCUGUGAUGCAGAAUGUCAGUCUGUGUGAACCGCACAACACUUCCCAGUCGGUGUCAAAACAGUCCCUCAGUGUCAUACAGGAAAGGACAGAGCCGCCUGUACUUCCUCAGAAGGCUGGCGUCCUUCAACAUCUGCAAGAAGCUGCUGCAGAUCUUCUACCAGUCUGUGGUGGAGAGCGCCCUCCUGUACGCAGUAGUGUGCUGGGGGAGCAGCUUAAAGAAAAAGGACGCAGCACGACUGGACAAACUGGUGAGGAAGGCAGGCUCCGUCGUUGGCACAGAGCUGGACAGUCUAACAUCUGUGGCAGAGCGACGGACACUGAACAAGCUCCUGUCCAUCAUAGACAAUCCUGAUCACCCACUGCACAGCGCCACCUCCAGGCAGAGGAGCAGCUUCAGUGACAGACGGCUGUCAUUGUCCUGCUCUACGGACAGACUGAAGAGAUCGUUCCUCCCCCCGUACAGCUCUUCAACACCUCUCGGGGAGGGCGACAAAAACAAUAACCAACACAACAACUCCGGACUCACUGCACACUUAAACCACACACCAUGGACACACGCACUUUAUCACACACACAUCUAAAUGCUUGACUUAAGUGUGGACAAACAGACUGUUGCUCACGGUCAUUUUGCACAACUGCACUACUGCGCUCACAUUUAACCGCCAGAUGUCUUUCUUGUAAAGCUUAGUCUUAUUUUUAUCUCACUAUUUCUUCUUAUAUUGUUAGUUUGCAUUCUGUAUUGUAUUUUUGCCUCCUUACUUACUUUGAGCUGCUGGAAAUGUAAAUUUCUCUUUGGAGAAUAAUAAAGUGUCUGUCUGUCUGUCCGUCCGUCCGUCCGUCCAUACAUCCAUCCAUACAUCCAUGAUGGUCAGCUGUUGUUUAAUCACCAAAGGUAUGUAGGCAGGUAGCAGAUGAACCAGGUUGUGGUCAGAUCGGCCCAGUGGGUGGAAAAAUCUUUAAUCUUAAUCUCUGAUGUAACCACUGUUGAUUGAAUGCAGUGUAUUAAAAAGUUUAAUAUUUUCCUCUGAUAUGUUGUGGAGAAAUACUGUGUAUCGUAGCAGAAACUGGAAAUAAGUAACUGACCUAAAGGCCUGUAUUUGAGUACAGUAUUAAA